ACGUAACCAGGCCCCCGGGACCGGAGCUGGGCUGUGAAGCGAUUUUGGCGUAGUGGGCGCACGGGGUAUUGCAACUUCCGCGUUCAUCACGUCUAAAAAACAUUUCUCCCCACACACAAUCACUGGAAAAGGAGCGGCGCGGGCUGUAAAACGAUGAAUACAUUUUUUUCCAGAGCUCUCAAUCGGCUCGGCUGGAGAAGGACUCUAGCGCGCAUGCUCCGUGGGCCCAAAAACGCGGAAGCGUGAGGAAGUACGAACGGUUUUCAUAGGAAUGAAUGGGGCGCCAUCUUUGAACGGGUUAUCCAGUUCUGCAUCCACGUACAGAGCGACAUAACUGCAAGUAAGCAGGAAAUAACGCGGCAGCGAUGUACACAUCUCACACCACGCGUUUUUAGAUGAUGGUUAAACCAAAUCUGAGCGUCUAUUUUGACUUUGUAUAUGAUCGCCAUGACGGGAGUUGUGUUGAUUUUUAAAUACAUGGUUGUCUGACUUGUUAUAGAACUAAAGUACCGAUAGCUUUUCAAUCAUUGUAGGCAAUGGACACACUGGUCGCCUUUCAGUAGCUAGCUAAAUGUACUGCGCAGGUACCCUGUCGCAAAAUGUUUAAGGUCCUCCUGCAGCAGUUUACGUUAGUCCUUGCAAUGUUGAACAAGACGGCAGUUUUCGUGGUACUUUUUAUUUGAAUGUGUCUUUUACAGACUGACACUCUCUGACUGUGUUGGAGGAUGGACCCUGUAGUGCUGAGCUACCAGGACAGCCUGUUGCGGCGCUCUGAUGUGUCCUUACUGGAAGGACCUUACUGGCUCAAUGACCAAGUCAUUGGUUUUGCCUUCGAGUACUUUGCAGCUGAGCGCUUCAGAGUCCUGGGGGAAACCAUCAUCUUCAUUAGCCCGGAGGUCACCCAGUUCAUCAAGUGUGCUUCUUGCCCUGAUGAGUUAGCCUUAUUUCUGGAGCCGCUGGAUCUUGCUUCUCGUCAAUGGGUCUUCCUAGCUGUUAAUGACAACUCCAACCAGACCGCUGGGGGAUCCCACUGGAGCCUUUUAGUCUACCAUCACAACUCCAACCACUUUUCCCACUAUGACUCUCAAAAUGGCAGCAAUUCCCUGCACGCGCGGCGCAUCGCCAGCAAGUUAGAGCCUUUCUUGGGUGCAGGGAGAAAAGCGCUGUUUGUGGAGGAGCCCUGCCCAUCACAGCAGAACAGCUAUGACUGCGGCAUGUAUGUUAUCUGUAUUGCUGAAGCCUUAUGUGAGAAGGUCAGGUUGGAGGGCUCGCCACGCCUUCCUGUGCAAAUCAUCACCCCAGCCUACAUCACCCAGAAGAGGGCUGAAUGGUGCAGACUGAUCCAGAGUCUAGCUCAGAAUGACCUGUGCUGCUCUCUGUCUUUUCCUUAGCACGUUGAUUGCCCCUCACUAUAUGCAGAACAGCUGUCAGCUUCUACAUAUCUACAGCUGGAGCAUCUGAAUGCACUCCUUGAAUACAGUAUAUAACUAUAUAUGAAGUAUAUUUCUAUUACAGUCUCUAUCAUACUCAGUAAUAGAAAAAAGCUUAAAAAGAUAAAACAAUGUUACGAAUCUCUAAUGAUUCAUAAAACACUUGGUGUCAUGUUUAUCUUUUGUAUAUGCACAGCAUCAUACCGUUGGUAAACAAGAACACCAGCAUGCCUAUAAAAGGAAUUUACUCCCUUGUACAUAUUAAGUGAGGAUGGAGAAUAUGUCAUGUGGAAGAGGAGGCACAGACUUUUCUUUUCUCCAUUGUAUUAUUUUGGGGGCGAAUGUAGAAAUGUUUACACAGAUUAUUGCUCAGGGUCAUUUUAAAUGAACAAGAAUUGACAAUAAGAAUGUGCAUCUUAACUUUGGCUCCUACGUUAUUCAUUCUGUCUCUCAGUUUGAACAGACAUUAUGUAUACAACUACAAACUUUUAGUUUUGAAACAUUUUAAAGAAAUGCUGAGGGUAAUACAUGCACUGUGUGCUGUGAGUGUUUAUGAGACAAAGGGCAAUGUUGAGUUUUGUUCUCACAAAAAGCAAUUAUCAAACUCAUUGUCUGCUGAUCUAAUAAAUUUUACUGAUGUCACAUUUUUGUUGACAAAAUGGUAAA